AGCACGAGGGAGGUCGGAAUCGAGCCUAGCAGAGCCACGACAUCUCCACGACGUCAAGUACACGCAACAACAUCAGCUGAUGAUCCAAAAACUCCUCUGCUACUGCAACCUGAAUCACCACCAGAAAGCCAUGGCACAGAAUCAAAAUCAUCAUCACCGCAAGCAUGCCCACCACCCCCAUGCCUCAGAUUCCCAGCCCCCUUACUGGGCUCUCGCCCUACGUGCAAAGGCCUUGCGAAAUGCCGCCGUCAUUGGGUUUCAAAUGCACCACUACGCCUCCCCCGCUGCUCCUUCGCCGACGCGCACCAAGUGGAUCGACGCAACCUUGGGCGACAAGCAGAGCAAAAAUACCAUUCGGCUUGACAUAUAUGAGCCCAAGGUGGGGGGGAAGGGAGCCAAAACUGGAAGGCCUGGCAUGAUUGUUUUUCACGGUGGAGGAUUCGUGCUGGGUCAUGGCACCGAUGAUGCUCGGUGGGCUGCUGCAGCCAACGAGACUCUCGGCGCAGUGGUCAUCGCAGUCUCUUACCGGUGUGCUCCCGAAAAUCCCUUCCCAGUACCCGUUGAAGAUUGUGCCAGCUCUAUCGUUCACUUGGCCCAAAAUGCCAAAGCCUAUGGUGUAGAUCCCACCAAACUCUUCCUCUCUGGGUUUUCAGCUGGGGGCAACCUGGCCUUCUCCAGCUAUCUGCUUCUUCGCAGCGCAGCCAAGUGGGGUUACGACUUGCCUUGCGACCCACCUUCGAUACGGGGCAUCAUCGUAUUCUACCCUUUACUGGACUACUCCAAGUCUAGGCCCGAGAAGAGAGAUGCGUGCGCCAAUCCCGAAUUCACCCUUGCCCCCUCACUCACCACCCUCUUUGAUUCAUCCUACCUACCGCCGGGCAUCGACCUCGUCGACCCUCGCCUCUCUCCUGGGCUGGUUUCUGACGAGCUCUUGGAUACUCUUCCUGCCGUACACAUGACCUUGUGUGAAUAUGACAUGCUCCUAGCUGAGGGUCUAGACUUUCAAAAGAGGCUGGAGGAGAGGGGCAAGGUUGUCAGCGUUAGGCAAGUGCCGGGGGAAAAGCACGCGUGGGACAAGCCGAUGCCGCUGUACCCAAAGCCCAGCGUGAAGGUGGAGUAUGAUGCCGCAUUGGACGUUAUCAAGGGGUAUUUGUCGGGGAAUGGCUCUACGAAAGCUCAAGAGUCGACGAAUGGAAAGUGAGCUGUGACAGCGGGACAGCUGUCAAGGCCAUCUGUAGCCCGUAGGACAUUUGUAACAAACAAGGGUAUCGAUGGACAGUUGUACAAACAACGCAUUAGCAUCCAGCGCGCCAUGUAUUGCUUCGUAUAGUGCCAGCAGAUGGACUUUGUG